AUGGCCGGAAGCAUCUGUCCAGGUCUUUUAUGGUCCAUUAUUUGGUUCCUUCUGAUGCUUUUCAUCGGUUGGCCAGUCUCCGGAUUUCUUGCCGCAAUCUAUGUUAUCCUUCUGCCUUUUGCUGCCUGUAUUGAGCCCCUCAAUGGACUGAUGGAAGGACUACUUAAGCUUGUAAAGCUUCCAUACUUCUGGACGAAGAAAGCCAUCAGAAUGGCUCCUCUGAGUGAGUGUUCUCUUGACGAGUAA